AUUCUCAUUUUCUCUCUAGCCGCUCUUUCUUCUCUUUGGGCUGUCGGUUUUGGUUUAUCAUUUUGUUCUUGUCGGAGAUUAUAAGCUUGAAUAUGCAACGAACACAGAGUUUGAAUUCGGGCACUUGAACCAAACACAAUAUGAUAAUUAUGAGGAUCGUAGAGCGAUGGGAAGUGGUGUUUAACUCUGGACAUGGAGAGACAGCGUUGGAGAGCUGAAGAAGACGCUUUGUUGUGUGCAUACGUGAAACAAUAUGGACCGAGGGAGUGGAACCUUGUGUCACACCGCAUGAACACACCCCUAAACCGGGAUGCAAAAUCUUGCUUAGAAAGGUGGAAUAACUACCUCAAACCUGGUAUUAAGAAGGGAUCUCUUACGGAAGAGGAGCAACGUCUUGUAAUCCGUCUUCAAGCCAAACACGGAAACAAAUGGAAGAAAAUUGCUGCUGAAGUCCCAGGCAGAACUGCUAAAAGAAUAGGCAAGUGGUGGGAGGUAUUUAAAGAGAAGCAACAAAGGGAACACAAGGAGAAGAAUAAGACGGUUGAACCAGUUGAGGAAGGCAAGUACGAUAAGAUAUUAGAAACUUUUGCUGAGAAACUAGUGAAACAAGGGCAUAGCUCAGCCUUUCCCAUGGCUACUUCCAACGGAGGUUUUCGUCCUACCAAUCAACCUUCACCUGCACCAACUUUACUUCCACCUUGGCUUUCUAGUUCAGGCAAUACCUCCGUUGUCAGACCACUUUCCCCUUCCGUGACGUUAAGCUUAUCUCCCUCGACAGUGCCUGCUGCUCCUCAAAUCCCAUGGCUGCAGCCUGAGAGAAUUUCGGAAACUGCCCCCAUUUUGGGAAAUAUGGUGGCCCAUGGAUCAUUUCCUUCUAGUAGUGAGAACAUGUUGAUAUCUGAACUGGUGGAUUGCUGCAGGGAGCUGGAAGAAGGGCACCAUGCUUGGGCUGCACAUAAAAAGGAAGCAGCCUGGAGGUUAAGGAGGGUCGAGUUACAACUUGAAUCCGAGAAGGCCUGCCGCAGAAGGGAGAAAAUGGAAGAAAUAGAGUCGAAGAUCAAGGCUCUAAGGGAAGAGCAGAAGACUGCCCUUGAUAGGAUUGAAGCUGAAUACAGGGAACAACUAGAAGGGCUAAGAAGAGAUGCCGAAGCAAAGGAGCAAAAAUUAGCCGAGCAAUGGGCCUCUAAGCAUUUGCAUCUCACUAAGUUUCUCGAACAAAUGGAGUGCAGAGUGCAGACCAAGGGUUGGCUAGCCUAAUGGUCGGUGAGCAAGCUCUUUCAUAUGCGUCUGCUUACAACAGGCUUUGCAUCGGAAGGGAGCACAUUGUUUUCGAUUACGUGCGUCCAUUCUCUUCUGAUAUUCGACUAUAGAUGUCUAUUUAUAAAUGCUAUCUAGUAAUCUGGUGGGACAGUAUGAAUGGGAAGAUAGCACCAUGUCGUGACGACUUUUUUCUCGAAUGGCGUGUGAAUAUGGAAUAAAUUUAGAAAAUCAAAAUUUUAAAAAAGAUUUGAAACAUUCGUGAUUUGGCCCGCGAUUCAGAGAUUAUGGUUUCGGAAGUCAAUUACGUUUGGUGGUGUUCUAUAAUGUGUGGAGUUCGUAUCAAGAAGCAUGCUUGUGUCUCAAAUAGCAUUAUCAGCUGGCAUUCGACUGUAGGAAGGUGGGCUCGGUUGGAAAACAUGACGAUCUUGGGAGAAGAUGUUCAUUUCGGAGAUGAAGUUUACAGCUACGGAGGUGUCGUCCUGCCUCACAAGGAGAUAAAGUCCAGUAUUUUGAAGCCAGAAAUUGUCAUGUGAGCACAAAGUCAAACUCGUAAUCGACAUUUCAUGGACAUCGAAACUUGGUUGUCUAUGUUACCCUUUUUUCUGCCUUCCUUUCUUGUUAUUGUUAUACUUUUACCACCGAGGUCAUUUGAUAUGUUAAAUGGUUAGUUAAUUGUUGGAAAUUAGAGUGAGAACAAGUAGCAUUUUAAUGAAAUUGAAUACUAAACCAAAUUUCCUUAAUGUGCAAAGGAAAAUGCAAAAUUUCUCCAAUUCUCCAACAUUGUCAAAAAUUAAGAUUGCAAGGGGACGAAA